GCAGAAAUUUACCCCAAAAGCUAGCGUUACCCAUAUACCACAUAUACCAGCUGGAGCCGGCCCAGACGGCCAGACAGAUGCCGCCCGUGAAGGAGGAAGAGCAAAAGUCGUUUGCGGUCGACUUUGAUGACAAGGAUGAAGCGCCUGCUGUGGGGCCUUUAGCACCGCUAAGCCGCCGUCGUUCGGCGACGCCACCACCGCUGGCCAGCAGCCAAAGCAGAUGCCCAAUCCUGAUGAUGCCGAUCGCCAGUCGUGCGGGCGUCAGCAAUAUCUGUGCCUCGCCUUUCCGCAAUAUCUGCCUGCCUCACCAAGAUGGAGCAGAAUAACACCAACAUUCACCGAGAUGGACACCCAGCUGAAGGCGGAAAUAUUGCCGGACAGUCCGGAGCAGAAGGCUCUGUUCAAGGAGAGGAAGCGAGUUGAGCUUCAGUUGCAGAAUCUGGACAGAAAGACCUUGAAGAACGAGAACGAGGAAAAUCGUCAGCAAUAUCUGUGCCUCACCUUUGCGCAACAUCAGCCUGCCUCACCAAGAUGGAGUAGAAUAACACCAACACUCAAAUGCUUCACUUAGCCUUGGGUCUCCACCAAGCGCCGCGGCGCUGUCGUAACUGCUUGCGGAGGAUCCAUCCUUGAUCCGCUCCGGACAACCAGUCGUCGGGCGUUCAGAACGCCUUUAUUCUUCAUUCUUGAUCAUUUUUUUUGUAUUUCAAAAUAUGUUUCGCAGCCAUUUUAGUGGAUCCUUGCGCCCUUCCGCCACGUAGGGAUUCUGCAUAAGAACUUUUGAGGCGAGUCCAGUCACUAUCGCAGUCACGGAAAACCACCACAUGAUCUGCGGCUUUAUGCCUCAUUCCUUUCUCUCGGUUUUGGAGCCAAGAUAAACGAAAGAGGAAUAAAGCCAUAGAUCAUCUGGUGCUUUUUCCUGGCUGGGAUCGUAGCUGGAUGCGCGGCGACAGUACUUCUUCAGAAUCAGUACGGAUCCAUAAUUUAACUGUGAUCAUUUUAAAUUAAAAGAGGUCAACAAGGUCAAUUGAU